AGCGUGCGACAGAAACGGGUGAAAGGUCUCCUGCCUGAGGUUGUACAUCCUUCCUGAAGCAGAAGAAGAAGGAGGAUGAUGAUGAUGAUGAUGAUGAUGAAUGGAAACAGACUGCUCGUCUUCAAUAAAUCUGUUCAAAUAGGAAAGCGGCUGCUCGUCUGGAACGCGAGGCAUGCCGGGAGAGAAGUGCUCCGUGCUCAGCAGCGGAGGACCGUUAGGACUCACUCCAGAAACUUCGCGUACGCCAAAGAUCUGUUCCUGGGUCAGGUCAACAAGGCGGAGGUCUUCCCUUACCCAGAAAUUGAAAGUGAAGAAGUGGAGGAGCUCAACCAGCUGGUUGCACCGGUGGAACGAUUCUUCAGUGAACAAGUUGACUCAGCAAAGAUUGACAGAGAAGCUAAAAUCCCUCCAGAGACUUUGAAUGGGUUGAAGGAGCUCGGGCUGUUUGGCGUCAUGAUUCCUGAGGAGUACGGGGGUCUUGGAUUGUCCAACACCAUGUAUGCACGACUGGCAGAGAUCACCUCAUUAGAUGGCUCUAUUGCUGUAACACUGGCUGCACAUCAAGCCAUUGGACUCAAGGGGAUUCUGAUAGCAGGAAAUGAAGCCCAGAAGCAGAAAUAUCUGCCCAAACUGGCCUCAGGAGAACACAUCGCAGCUUUCUGUCUCACAGAGCCUGGAAGUGGAAGUGAUGCAGCCUCCAUUCAGACCCGCGCAACCCUGUCAGAAGAUGGAAAACAUUACCUGAUCAACGGCUCCAAGAUCUGGAUUUCAAACGGAGACAUGGCGGAUAUUAUGACAGUGUUUGCCAGGACCGAGGUGGUUGUAGAUGGCGUGAAGAAAGAUAAGAUUUCUGCGUUUAUCGUGGAGAGGGCUUUUGGGGGCAUUACCAGCGGCAAGCCUGAGGACAAACUGGGCAUUCGUGGCUCCAACACUUGUGAAGUUUCCUUUGACAACGUCCCGGUGCCAGUGGAGAAUGUAAUUGGAGAAGUAGGUGGUGGAUUCAAGGUUGCCAUGAACAUCCUGAACUCAGGGAGGUUCAGUAUGGGCAGUUCCUCAGCUGGAAUGAUUAAGAAGCUGAUCGAAUUGACCUCUGAAUACGCUGCAAGCAGAAAGCAGUUUAACAAAAGCCUUGCUGAAUUCGGUAUGAUUCAGGAGAAGUUUGCUUUGAUGGCUAUUAAUGCCUUUGUGAUGGAGAGCAUGGCGUACCUGACAGCAGGGAUGAUGGACAGACCGGGUCUUCCAGACUGUUCUCUAGAGGCCGCCAUGGUCAAGGUGUUCAGCUCAGAGGGGGGCUGGAUUUGUGUCAGUGAAGCUCUUCAGGUCCUCGGGGGUCUGGGUUAUACGAAGAACUACCCCUACGAGCGCUACGUCAGGGACUGUCGGAUCCUGCCUAUCUUCGAGGGGACCAAUGAAAUCCUGAGGAUGUACAUCGCUCUCACUGGAAUGCAGUAUGCUGGCAAAGUCCUCACAGGGAAAGUAAAGGAGAUGAAGAGAGGAAAUAUAGGCCUGGCUUUGAGCAUGGUCGGCAAGAACCUGAGGAAUUCAUUGGGAGGUUCUGUGGACCUCGGCCUGACGGGACCAGAUGGAGUGGUGCAUCCCAGCUUGGCAGAAAGUGCAAAGAAGAUGGAACAGAAUGUCAGCCUUUUCGGGUCGACUGUGCAGAGCCUGCUGUACAGAUAUGGAAAGACCAUCGUGGAUGAACAGCUCGUGCUGAAGAGAGUAGCAGAUGUGCUGAUCAACGUCUACGCCAUGACAGCUGUCCUGUCCAGAGCCAGCCGCUCCAUCUGCAUCGGCCUCAGGAAUCACGACCACGAGGUGCUGCUCGCUAACACAUUCUGCAGCGAAGCCUUCUUCAAGAACAACUACUUGAUGACUCAGUUGCAAAAACACUCUCCUGAGAACAACGAUGCCAACAUCAAGAAGAUCGCCCAGGCGGUCCUGGAGAACAGAGCCUACGUCUGCUCACACCCUCUUGAAAGAACAUUCUGACCUCUCCCAUAAUACUGUCUACAGUAUUCUGAUUGGACAAUACGGACAACUCUGUCUCAAUGAUUUGUUCUUACUCUUUCGUUGGUACUUACAUUGCUUGACAUUAUUUGUACACUUGAUCAAUAAAUUAAGAGAUUUAUGAUUUUAGCUACUGUAUUUUAUUAACCAUGGCUUUAAAGAUAACGCCUGAGAUCUUUGGAUAAUGAUCGCUCUCCUAUUAUGACGAUAUGAAGUUAUAUUUAGUGCUAUAAUUAAUUAUUGCCCAAGAUACAUCCUUUAAUGCUCAUGAGCUUGUUUGGUAUAUAAGGACAGGUUUGUGUGGGUUCUGGCCUAUUAAUAUUAAUAAUAUUCCUGAAAGGCUGGACAGCUGAGGUAUGUGCCUUCAUGUCUUGUACUUCUGAAAGGUGAAGAUACUCCUCUCCUCGUCCGUCAGAGGCAGGGCAGUCCGCUUGUACAGGAAUGAAUGCUGCUUACUGAAUCCCCUGUAAGGAGCAGCAGAACAGAACCCAUGAACACAAAAACCUUUUCUCUAGUAUCUGUGGAGUUUUUCUUGUUUGUAAAUAAAAUUUGGAACUUCUACUGA